CGCUCCCGGCCGGUCUCCAGGACACGAGCCCUGCUCCCUGGGGCCCGGCGGGAGUCCCAGGCCCCUGCCCCCAGAGCCUGCUGGGGGCUGGCCCCAGACGAGCUGGAGCAGGUGGUUCCCCGGGGCGAUUCAGCCUCACCUGGAUUUCCUGGGAAGCCGGGCGCGGCAUCUGGGCGCAGCGAGCAGGCUGCGGGGGGCUGGCCGGGGAGGCCGUGACGCACUCCGCGAGCCACUUGAGCUUUGACCAAAAGAACUCAUGUGAGCCUCGCAGAGACAAACGGGCGUCGCCGCGGAGAGGCGACUUUCCCUCUCUCUGGACUGGGGCGGCCGCUGCUGGAAUCCUGUGCCCAGGUCUGGUGCCCCCAGUUCAGGCUGUUGAUAAACUGGAGAGAGUCCGAGAAGAGCUGGGAAUAGAAAACCUGCCUUGUAGUGAGAGACUCAGGGAGCUUGAGCUGUUCUGCAUAACACAGAGAAGGCUCACAGGUGGCUUGAUCCCGGUCUGUCCCUGGCUCCAUCUGCCCCACAGUAACACCACCAUGGAGACCAGCGAUGGCUUCGCCUCCCGGCUGCGGCCGAAUGGCCUUGACUCCCCGCUGGAGGAGGAGGAGGAGGAGGAGGAGGAGGAGGGCGAAGGCUUGGCCCUGGACUGUGAGGGGGACCUGGAGGUGAACCCGUACGAUGGGCUGCCUUUCUCCUCCCGCUACUAUGAGCUGCUCCAGCGGCGGCGAGACCUGCCUGUUUGGGCCGCCAAGUACAGCUUCAUGGAGCUCCUGGAGAGCAGCAGCGGCAUCGUCUUGGUGUCCGGGGGGCCCGGGACCGGCAAGAGCACCCAGAUCCCUCAGUGGUGUGCGGAGUACGCCCUCUCCCAGCAGUUCACGCAUGGCCUGGUGGCCUGUAGCCAGCCCCACGGCCUCGCCGCCCUCAGCCUCUCGCUGUGUGUGGCUGACGAGAUGGAUCUGAACCUGGGCCACGAGGUUGGCUACUGCGUCCCCCAUGAGGACUGCUGCACUCCAGAGACCCUGCUCAGAUUCUGCUCAGAUGAGAUGCUGCUGCGGGAGAUGAUGUCGGACCCUCUGCUGCGCCAGUACGGGGUCAUUGUGAUGGACGAGGUGCAGGAGCGCACAGUGCCCACAGACGUGUUGCUCGGGCUGCUGAAGGAUGUGCUUCGCCAGCGCCCCGAGCUCAAGGUGGUGGUGGUGACGGUGCCAGCCCUGGAGGAGCGGCUGCGGGCCUUCUGCGGGGACCCUCCCGUGGUGCGGGUGCCAGGACCCAGCCCUCCUGGCCAGCUGGUGUACAGGGAUCCACCGGCUCGGGGCCACGUCUCAGCUGCGUGCCAGGCGGUAUUGGACAUUCACCGGCGCCAGGAACCCGGCGAUGUGCUGCUCUUCCUGGCCAGUGAGCAGGAGAUCAGCGAGUGCUGCGAGGCCAUCCGCACCGAGGCUGUGGCCCUGAACCCUGGGCUGGGCCCGCUGCUGGCCCUACCCUUGCACCCAGGGGUGGGGCGGGCAGCCCAGAAGGUCUACGAGGUGCCGGAGCAGUGCAGCAGGCCCCAGGGCCGGCGUGUGAUCGUCACCCACUGGCUUGCAGAUUCGUCCUUCUCCCUGGGGACUGUGCGCUACGUCAUCGACACGGGUCUGGAGCUGCGCAGUGUUUACAAUCCCCGGAUCCGCGCAGAGUCCCAGGUGCUGCGGCCCAUCAGCAAGAGCCAGGCGGAGUCACGGAGGCAGCGGGCCGCAGGCAGCCCCCCAGGCACCUGCGUGCGCCUCUAUUCCGAAGCCUUCUAUGAGCAGUUCCUCCCGGCCGCCCCCGCCCCCCACGUGAGCGAGGCCAACCUGAGCCGUCUGGUGCUGCUGCUCAAGAGACUCGACAUCGCUGACAUGGGCCAGUGCGACUUCCUUGACCGGCCAGCCCCUGAGUCGCUGAUGCAGGCCCUGGAGGACCUGGAUUACCUGGCCGCGCUGGAUGACGAUGGGAACCUCUCGGAGGUGGGGAUCAUCAUGUCGGAGUUCCCCCUGGACCCCCAGCUGGCCAAGGCGCUCAUUGCCUCCUGCGAGUUCGACUGCGUCCACGAGAUGCUCACCAUGGCCGCCAUGCUCACGGCCUCACCCUGCUUCGUGACCCCAGUGGCGCGCUCCGAGGAGGCUGCGGCCGUGCGCCGGCGAGCCCUGCUGCACCCCGACGGGGACCACUUCACCCUCAUCAAUGUCUUCAAUGCCUUCCAGCAGCAUGAGCUGGAUGAGGGCUGGUGCCGUCAGCACGGGCUGAGCAGCUCGGGGCUGCGGCUGGCGGGCGUCGUGCGGGCCGAGCUGCUGGAGGUGAUGCAGCGAAUCGAGCUGCCCGUCUCUCCCCCAACCUUCGGCACGGAUGACAACGUGCUCAACCUCAAGAGGGCGCUCAUCUCUGGCUACUUCCUCAAGGUGGCCCGGGACAUCGACGGCUCCGGGAACUACCUGAUGCUGACACACAAGCAUGUGGCCCACCUGCCCCCCCACUGCUGCUACGUGGUGCGGAGGCCCCUGCCCCGCCCACCCCCCUGGGUCCUGUACCACGAGUUCACCAUCUCGCAGGACAACUGUCUCAGCGUGGUGUCUGAGAUCCAGCCCCAGAUGCUGGUAGAGCUGGCACCCCAGUACUACCUGAGUAACCUGCCACCCAGCGAGAGCCGCGACCUGCUCAUGGAGCUGAGGGAGAAGCUGCUUGGUGCCGCGGAGCCCCUGGGCCAGCUGGAGCCAGCGCUGGACGGGGCAGGGGACGGGGAGGGUGAGGGCAAGGAUGUGUGCGCACUCCAGUGAAUGGGCGCAAGGGGCUGGCUGGGCUCCACUGUUGUGACAAUGGGGGGUACAGGGUCCUUUCCCUUGGCCAUGCUGCCCCCCCAGUCCACCCCUGCUGCUGUACCUGCGGGGUGCUCUGCCGUGCGCUCGAGUCGGCUCCUGCGGGGCUACCAGCCCUCCCAGCUCAUGGUGCAGGAGGGCUGCCCCCCACCUUCUCUCUGAGCCACCUCGCCCCAGGCACCACUGGCUGCUCUCAGGGUCCCCUCCUGCCUGCUGGUGUGUUACUUGGGGCCUUCUCUGCCAUGGGGCACAGCCUCCCCCCGGGGCUGGAACAAACUGUGCUGCCCCACACACUCCAUGGCGCGGGGCCAGGCACCACAUGUGGGCCGGGGUGCAGGGGCCCAUGUCCUGACUGUAUAAAGCUUUUCUGUGACCUUUG